AUGCAAGUUUUAAUCCGGCUCAGUCAACCAGCCACCAUUCUUUCCUGGGUACGGAGAGGGGACAGACUCAAAAGUUCCCAGUCUCAAAUGGAAGAAGAAGAAGAAAAGAAGGAGCUCGGAGAAAGUCUAGAUAUUCGGGAAGUAGACAAUGUCGUAGAAGAAGAUAGUGUAGGAGAAUCUCGUCAGGAGAAUGUAAAUGUGCUUAGUGGUGGUCAAGUGGAGAUAGAAAACGAAAAUCCAGCUAUGAAUGGGGUUGAUUCUGCAGAUACUGAUGAGGAUGAUGAUGAUCAGUUUGAACUGGUGUCUUUAAAAGAUCAAGAAAGGGGUUUUGGUGAGUUUCCAGCUGGUAAUAUUGAUUCAAACCGACCAUCGAAUUCAGAGAGUGAGAGAUUCUCAUUUGAUAGGUUUGGAGAAGUCUCUCCGAAUUCAUACAGUAAUUAUGGUGCUGAAUAUGAUUCUUCUCCGGUCAUGGAAAUUCAACAUGAUCGCUCUGUAUUGAGCCCUGGGCCAGAGAGACAAUUUGGUUCUGCAAUUAAGCAGUCACACUCGUCAACCAGUCUAGAUUCUGGUUACUUUAUAGAUGGAUUCUCACCAACUGGCUCUCCACAAAAGGCUAAGACAAAAGCUGCAAUGCCAAAUGUAUCCCCAGAGUUAUUGCAUUUGGUGGAUUCUGCUAUAAUGGGAAAGCCUGAAAGCUUGGACAAACUGAAGAACAUUGUCAGUGGAGUUGAGAGUUUUGGAAGUGGGGAGGAAGCGGAGGGCAUUGCAUUCUUGGUUGUUGAUUCCCUUCUGGCCACAAUGGGUGGAGUUGAAAGUUUUGAGGACGAGGAUCAUAAUCCUCCUAGUGUGAUGCUGAACUCUCGGGCAGCUAUUGUGGCAGGUGAGCUUAUUCCUUGCCUUCCUUGGGCAGAUGACAGUGAGGUUUUCAUGUCCCCUAGGACACGUAUGGUUAGGGGGUUGCUAGCUAUACUACGAGCUUGCACAAGAAACAGAGCUAUGUGCUCUAUAGCUGGUUUGUUGGGUGUACUUUUGGGGACAGCAGAGAAAAUCUUUGUUCAAGCUGGUGGGUUAACAGAACAGAUGAGAUGGGAUGGGACUCCUUUAUGCUACUGUAUCCAAUACUUAGCAGGGCAUUCACUUAAUGUUGUUGAUUUGCAUAGAUGGUUGCAAGUAAUUACGAGAACGCUGACUACUUCAUGGGCGUAUCGCUUAACGCUAGCGUUGGAGAAGGCAAUGGGUGGAAAGGAGUCAAAGGGACCAGCAUCUACUUUUGAGUUUGAUGGUGAAAGCUCUGGUUUACUUGGUCCAGGAGAGAGUCGUUGGCCAUUUACCAAUGGGUAUGCAUUUGCAACAUGGAUCUAUAUUGAAUCAUUUGCAGACACAUUGAACACAGCUACUGCCGCAGCUGCAAUUGCUGCUGCUGCAGCAGCCAAGUCAGGAAAAUCAUCUGCUAUGUCAGCUGCAGCUGCUGCCAGUGCGCUUGCUGGUGAAGGGACGGCCCACAUGCCUAGAUUGUUCAGUUUCUUAUCUGCUGAUAACCAGGGCAUAGAGGCUUACUUUCAUGCUCAGUUUUUGGUUGUUGAAAGUGGUAGUGGAAAGGGAAAGAAGGCAUCUUUGCAUUUCACUCAUGCAUUCAAGCCACAAUGCUGGUACUUUAUUGGUUUGGAGCAUAUUUGCAAGCAGGGACUGAUUGGGAAAACAGAGAGUGAACUUAGAUUGUAUAUUGAUGGAUCCUUGUAUGAAACUCGUCCUUUUGAGUUCCCUCGGAUCUCCAAGCCACUAGCAUUUUGCUGCAUUGGGACAAACCCUCCUCCUACAAUGGCUGGUUUACAGCGUCGUCGGAGGCAGUGUCCUUUGUUUGCUGAGAUGGGCCCUGUUUAUAUCUUUAAGGAGCCAAUCGGUCCCGAAAGGAUGACACGCUUAGCUUCUAGAGGAGGGGAUAUGCUGCCUCGUUUUGGUAAUGCUGCAGGGCUUCCUUGGCGAGCUACAAAUGACCGUGUUCAAACUAUGGCGGAGGAAAGUUCACUUUUGGAUGCAGAGAUUGGAGGGUGCAUUCACCUUCUUUAUCACCCCAGUUUGCUUAGUGGGCGUUUCUGUCCUGAUGCUUCUCCUUCUGGUGCUACAGGCAUGCUCCGACGGCCGGCUGAAGUUCUUGGACAAGUCCAUGUUGCCACACGAAUGCGACCGGUGGAGGCUUUGUGGGCUUUGGCUUAUGGAGGCCCCAUUUCCUUACUUCCUCUGACAGUAAGCAGUGUGCAUAGAGAUAGUCUGGAACCAGAACAAGGAAAUCUUCCCAUGAACUUGGCCACAGCUACUCUGGCUGCUCCAGUAUUCCGAAUAAUUUCCAUAGCUAUUCAACACCCUGGGAACAAUGAAGAGUUGUGUCGUACCAGAGGGCCUGAGGUUCUCUCAAAAAUCUUAAAUUAUCUUCUCCAAACUUUGUCUUCACUGGAUGCUGGGAAUCGCAAUGGUGUUGGAGAUGAGGAACUUGUUGCGGCCAUUGUCUCUUUAUGCCAGUCCCAGAAGCAUAAUCACGCACUCAAAGUGCAGCUUUUCACUACACUGUUACUGGAUCUGAGAAUUUGGAGCUUAUGCAACUAUGGAUUACAAAAGAAACUUUUGUCCUCACUAGCAGACAUGGUUUUCUCAGAGUCAUUGGUAAUGCGAGAUGCCAAUGCUAUUCAGAUGCUGCUUGAUGGCUGCAGAAGAUGUUAUUGGACAAUUCGUGAGAAGGAUUCUGUGAAUACGUUUUCUUUGAAUGAGGCAACACGUCCAGUGGGUGAAUUGAAUGCUUUGGUUGAUGAACUCUUAGUGAUCGUAGAACUUCUAAUAGGAGCAGCAGCUCCUGCAGUGGCUGCAGAUGACCUCCGUUGUCUACUUGGGUUCAUGGUGGAUUGCCCUCAACCUAAUCAGGGGCCUCUUGCUUAUAAUCUAUCCAAAAUGACUCCUGCAAAAAUCUUCUUCCAGGUUGCCAGAGUUUUGAAUCUUAUCUACAGACUAGUCGUACAGCCAAAUACAGCUAGAGCUCACAUGUUUGCAGAGUCAUUCAUAACAUGUGGUGGUAUAGAAACACUUCUUGUUCUGCUUCAGCGAGAAGCAAAAGCUGGUGAUCAGAGCAUUCCAGAAUCAGUGGCGAAGGGUGGUGAUAGCUUACCAGUUCAAGAAACUGAACUAGAUCUUGGUAAUGGUACAUCGGAAAGAAGUCAGAAUGAUGAACUGGAAAAGGAUUUGAUUUCCCAGGAUAAAGACUAUGAAUCUGGACCUUUAGAUAGUGGUCUUGGCAGCUGUCCUACCAUUUCUUCCCCUGGAAUGAAAAUUGAAAGGAUGUCAUCUGUUUCCGAAAACCCAUUUCUUAAAAAUUUGGGUGGCAUAAGCCUUUCUAUCAGUGCUGAUAAUGCAAGGAAUAAUGUUUACAAUGUUGAUAAAAGUGACGGCAUUGUUGUUGCAAUUAUUGGGCUAGUUGGUGCUCUUGUAACUUCUGGGAAUUUCAAAUUUGGUUCACAUGCACCCUCUGAUACUACUAGCAACUUUUUUGGUGGUGGCCUACAUGAUGGCAGUGGCACAAUGUUUGAGGAUAAAGUUUCUCUACUUCUUUUUGCACUACAGAAGGCUUUCCAGGCAGCACCCAAUAGGCUUAUGACUACCACUGUGUACACAGCUUUAUUCGCAGCCUCGAUUAAUGCUUCUUCAACAGAGGAGGGGCUAAACUUUUAUGAUUCUGGACAUCGCUUUGAACAUUCACAACUUCUGUUGGUUCUGUUGCGGUCCCUCCCUUAUGCAUCUAGGGCUUUGCAAAGUCGAGCAUUGCAGGAUCUUCUGUUUUUGGCUUGCAGUCAUCCAGAAAACAGAAGCAGUCUAACAAAAAUGGAGGAAUGGCCUGAGUGGCUUCUAGAAAUUCUAAUCUCUAAUUAUGAGAUGGGUGCAAACAAAAAUUCUAACUCGGCAAGCUUAGGAGACAUAGAGGACCUCAUACACAACUUUUUGAUUAUAAUGUUAGAGCACUCAAUGCGCCAGAAGGAUGGUUGGAAGGAUAUUGAAGCUACAAUUCAUUGUGCAGAAUGGCUUUCUAUUGUUGGGGGAUCCAGCACGGGUGAUCAACGAGUUAGGCGCGAAGAAUCACUGCCUGUAUUUAAAAGAAGGCUCUUGGGUGCAUUGCUAGACUUUGCUGCUAGAGAACUGCAGGUUCAGACUCAAGUAAUUGCUGCAGCGGCUGCUGGUGUUGCAGCUGAGGGUUUGCCACCAAAAGAUGCUAAGUUGGAAGCAGACAAUGCUGCUCAGCUUUCAGUGGCAUUGGUUGAAAAUGCUAUUGUUAUUUUAAUGCUUGUUGAAGAUCACUUACGAUUACAAAGCAAACUUUCUUGUGCAUCACGUGUUGCUGACAGUUCGCCAUCUCCACUUUCUCUUGUAUCUCCCCUGAAUGACCGCUCAAGUGCAUCAAUUGGUGUGGAUUCAUUUGAAGCUUUGGGUGAUCGCAGAUCUAGUGACUCUGGGGGACUCCCUCUUGAUGUCCUUGCUUCAAUGGCUGAUGCAAAUGGGCAAAUUUCUGCUAGUGUGAUGGAACGUCUUACUGCAGCGGCAGCAGCUGAGCCUUAUGAAUCUGUUUCAUGUGCUUUUGUGUCCUAUGGGAGCUGUACGAUGGAUUUGGCUGAGGGUUGGAAAUUUAGGAGCAGACUAUGGUAUGGUGUUGGCCUGUCUUCGAAAACAGCUCCCUUUGGUGGUGGUGGUAGUGGAUGGGAAUCUUGGAGGUCUACUUUAGAAAAAGAUGCAAAUGGAAACUGGAUUGAACUUCCUUUGGUGAAAAAGUCAGUUGCCAUGCUUCAAGCUCUAUUAUUAGAUGAGUCUGGACUUGGUGGUGGUCUUGGUAUAGGUGGAGGAUCUGGAACUGGAAUGGGUGGAAUGGCAGCACUAUAUCAGUUAUUGGAUAGCGACCAACCAUUUCUAUGCAUGCUCCGUAUGGUGCUUCUGUCUAUGAGAGAGGAGGACAAUGGGGAAACCAGUAUGCUCAUGCGGAAUGUAAGCAUGGAGGAUGGGAUGUUGGAAGGAUUUGACCGACAAGCUGGCAACACCAUGUCUUUGGAAAACAGUGCUCGAAUGCCAAUGAGACAACCACGAUCAGCUUUGCUGUGGAGCGUGUUUCCCUGUGCGAUUAUUGUAGGCUCUCCCGUGAGACUUGCUCAAGUCAACACUGACUUGGUUGAUGCAUCAUACUGGAUGGACCUCCUACGGGCAGCAAGUGCAGUUUAUGUUUUGCCUGGGCUUACUUGUACUAUAGAGUGGAUGAACUGCAAGGACACCUACAUCAUCCAGAAUAGGCAUUCAAUGUUUUUCUUCUACGCUAAUGAAUACAGAACAUUAUCAGAUAAUGUGCCAUAUAGCAACUAUUUUGCUUCUCCAUUUCUUCUCCAGGGUUCUUCGACCCUUCUACAGUUUUUGUUCAGUGUGCUUUCACCUGUUCUGAACAUGCCAAUUUCUGAUUCAAAAAGACAGAGAGUGUUGGUUGCAUCUUGUGUUCUUUACUCUGAGGUAUGGCAUGCUGUUAGCAGAGACCGGAAACCUCUCCGUAAACAGUACCUUGAGGGUAUCUUACCACCAUUUGUUGCUGUGCUGAGGAGGUGGCGGCCGCUUCUGGCUGGAAUUCAUGAGCUUGCAACUGCUGAUGGUUUAAAUCCUCUUGUUGUUGAUGAUCGUGCAUUAGCUGCCGAUGCACUACCAAUAGAGGCUGCUCUCUGCAUGAUUUCUCCUGCUUGGGCAGCUGCUUUUGCAUCACCACCAGCUGCGAUGGCAUUGGCGAUGAUUGCUGCAGGUGCUGCAGGUGGGGAAACCCCUGCUCCUGCAACAACUACACAUCUUAGGCGUGACUCUUCCUUGCUGGAGCGAAAAACUGCUAGACUACAUACCUUUUCAAGCUUUCAAGAGCCUUUGGAGGUGCCUAACAAAGCACCAGCUCAUCCCAAGGAUAAGGCUGCAGCAAAAGCUGCUGCCUUGGCAGCUGCACGUGAUCUUGAACGUAAUGCUAAGAUUGGUUCUGGACGGGGCCUUAGUGCUGUUGCAAUGGCCACAUCUGCACAGCGAAGAAAUGCUAGUGAUAUGGAGCGCGUUAGGAGAUGGAAUACUGCUGAAGCCAUGGGAGUUGCAUGGAUGGAAUGCUUACAACCUGCUGACACAAGAUCAGUCUAUGGGAAAGAUUUCAACGCUCUAUCCUAUAAAUUCAUUGCAGUCCUUGUUGCAAGUUUUGCUUUAGCAAGAAACAUGCAGCGAUUAGAGGUCGACAGGCUUGCUCAAGUUGAUGUGAUAUCUCGUCAUCAUCUAUCCAGUGGAAUUCGUGCAUGGCGCAAACUUAUACAUUGCUUGAUAGAGAUGAAGAGUCUUUUUGGGCCCUUUGGGGAUCCAUUGUGCAAUCCUGAGCGUGUUUUCUGGAAGCUAGAUUUUAUGGAAACUUCUUCAAGAAUGAGAAGAUGUUUGAGGAGGAAUUAUAAAGGGUCUGAUCAUUUUGGUGCUGCUGCUAAUUAUGAGGAACAAAUUGAGAUGAAGGAUGAUAAAAGAAAUGUCCCUAUUCUGGCAGCAGAAGCAAUCUCAGUGGAGGGACUAAAUGAAGAUAGGGAACGUGCAGAAAUUGAGAAUUUAGAUGGUAGAUCCUUUGAUACAGAGCAGAGUGGGGAGAGUCAGCUGAGAUUGUCUGGAGCAACUGAUCAAAUUAUGCAGUCUUCAGCAGAAUCUAGUCACACCCAACUUGCCAGGGACCAAGACUUGGAAAAUGCAUCUGCAGUUGCACCAGGUUAUGUACCCAGUGAACUUGAUGAAAGAAUCAUUCUUGAACUUCCUUCAUCUAUGGUCCGACCGCUGACAGUUAUGCGAGGAACGUUUCAAGUAACUAGUAGGAGAAUAAACUUUAUAGUUGAUACCACUGAGAGCAGUGCUGAUGGAGUUGAUUCAUCAGAAUCAGGAGUCCAGGAAAAGGAUCACAGUUGGCUGAUGUCUUCUCUCCAUCAGAUUUAUAGCCGGAGGUAUUUGCUAAGAAGAAGUGCUCUGGAAUUGUUUAUGGUUGACCGAUCAAACUUCUUCUUUGAUUUUGGGAGUACUGAGGCACGAAGAAAUGCUUACCGAGCUAUUGUUCAAUCAAGACCCCCUCAUUUGAACAAUAUUUAUCUGGCUACUCAGAGACCUGAACAACUUCUGAAGAGAACUCAACUCAUGGAACGUUGGGCAAGGUGGGAGUAUCCAGUUUUUCCAUGGGUUCUUUCUGAUUACAGUUCAAAAUGUUUGGAUCUUUCUGAUGCUUCUUCUUUUCGAGAUCUUUCAAAGCCUGUUGGUGCUUUGAAUCCUGAUCGGCUGAAAAAGUUCCAAGAGAGAUAUUCUAGCUUUGAUGAUCCAGUCAUUCCAAAGUUCCAUUAUGGUUCUCAUUACUCAAGUGCAGGGACGGUUUUGUAUUAUCUUGUUAGAGUUGAACCUUUCACAACGCUUUCAAUUCAACUGCAAGGUGGAAAAUUUGAUCAUGCAGAUCGGAUGUUUUCAGAUAUUGCUGCUACCUGGAAUGGAGUUACUGAAGACAUGAGUGAUGUGAAGGAAUUGGUUCCUGAGCUGUUUUAUCUUCCUGAGAUCUUAACCAAUGAAAAUUCAGUUGACUUUGGUACAACACAGUUGGGUGGAAAGCUUGAUUCUGUCAAACUUCCUCCUUGGGCUGAAAAUACUACUGAUUUUAUUCACAAGCACCGGAUGGCUCUCGAGAGUGAGCAUGUAUCUGCACAUUUGCAUGAAUGGAUUGAUCUUGUAUUCGGCUAUAAACAACGUGGUAAAGAAGCUAUAGCAGCAAACAAUGUUUUCUUUUACAUCACCUAUGAAGGGGCGGUUGAUAUUGACAAGAUCUCGGAUCCGGUACAACAACGAGCCACACAAGACCAGAUUGCUUACUUUGGACAGACUCCAUCCCAACUUCUGACUGUUCCUCACCUGAAGAGAAUGCCUUUCACAGAUGUUCUUCACUUGCAGACUAUCUUCAGGAACCCAAAAGAAGUCAAACCAUAUGCUGUUUCAGCCCCAGAACGCUGCAAUCUACCUGCAGCUUCCAUUCACGCAUCUUCAGAUGCUGUCAUAAUUGUUGAUAUAAAUGCACCAGCAGCACACAUUGCUCAGCACAAGUGGCAACCCAACACACCAGAUGGCCAUGGUGCACCUUUCCUCUUUCAACAUGGAAGGGCCUUAACAAGCUCUGCUGGUGGAACAUUCAUGCGAAUGUUUAAAGGGCAAUCGGUGUCUGGUGGAGAUGAGUGGCAUUUUCCCCAAGCACUAGCAUUUGCUUCAUCUGGAAUUAGAAGCAAAGCAGUGGUUUCCAUCACUCAUGACAAAGAAAUCAUUACUGGUGGGCAUGCAGAUAACAGUGUCAAGCUAUUAUCAGCAGAUGGUGCAAAAACCCUAGAAACUGCCAUUGCACAUUGUGCUCCAGUCACUUGCCUUGCACUUUCACCAGAUAGCAACUAUCUUGUCACAGGAUCACGGGACACUACUGUAUUGCUCUGGAAGAUACAUAGGGCAUUCACUUCAAGCUCAAGCAGCAUGUCAGAGCCUUCCACCAGCACAGGCACAGUCACAGGCACACCACCUGCAGCCAGUAGCACUCUAGUGACUAACCUGGCAGAAAAAAGUAGGAGGUGUCGUAUUGAGGGUCCGAUACAUGUCCUUCGUGGUCACCACAGAGAAAUUCUGUGUUGUUGUGUCAGUUCAGAUCUUGGGAUUGUUGUUUCUUGCUCCCAAUCAUCAGAUGUUCUGCUGCAUUCGAUAAGAAGGGGUCGUUUGAUCAGAAGGCUGGUUGGUGUGGAGGCCCAUUCUGUUUGUCUUUCAUCUGGGGGGUUUGUGAUGACUUGGAACAAAUUUCAAAAUUCUCUAAACACUUUUACUCUUAACGGGAUACCAAUUGCUAGAGCACAACUUCCUUUAUCUGGCAGUGUUAGUUGCAUUGAAAUUUCUGUGGAUGGGAAGAGUGCUUUAAUUGGCUUGAACUCGUGUCCGGAAAACAAUGGAACCUCAAAUAACAACCAAAAUUUAAGCUUCAAGAAGCCAGGGGCAGCAGAUUUUGAUAUGGAAUCAGAGGACACUGGUGAAAAUAACAGACUAGAUGUUCCUUCUCCUUCAAUUUGUUUCCUGGAUCUCUAUACACUGAAGGUGUUUCAUGUUUUGAAACUUGGAGAAGGCCAGGAUAUUACUGCUCUGGCUUUAAACAAUGAUAGCACAAAUCUCUUGGUAUCAACUGCAGAUAAACAGUUGAUAAUCUUCACUGAUCCAGCUUUGAGCUUGAAAGUGGUCGAUCAGAUGCUCAAGCUUGGUUGGGAAGGUGAUGGGUUGAGCCCACUUAUAAAAUCGUAG